AUGGCGAAGCGCAAGAGAGAUGGCGAGCCUUCAGCCAAGGCCCCUAAAAAGGCGGCACUCGUGGCGCCGGCGUCAGUGUCCAAGGUGUCGUCCCUGCUUCAGCCCAAGUCCUCCCCGCCAGUGAUAGGGAUCCAGAUUCCGUCGAGCAUCAAGUUUCAGUCCUAUGCGUCCCCAGAGGCGGCGCAGCCUAGGAGCAAAUCGUCAAGGAAGGCAUCACAACAACAACAACAACAACAACAGAGGGAGCUCCUACUGCACUCGACAGAACACCCGAACCUCGACUAUAUAGCCAGGGAGGAGGUGGGCAGGGGGUCGGAGCAGCUGGUGAAGCACUACGUAGCCGUGACCAUGAUGGAUCGCAAGACGGAGCUGGGACAGAUAUUUGGAACAAAGAAGGCCAAGAAGGCCAUCGAGGCGAACGUGCUCAACGCCAUCUCACCGCAGAAGAGACGGGGCGAAGGGGGAGAGGAGGAGGAACCGGCCAAGAUGGACGCGGCGUCGCGGGCCAUGCUCAGCUCGAUCGGGGCCGUGACAUCUUCGAUGGCGUCGCGCGAGGAGCUCCAGGCGGCCGUGGACGAGGCCAAGCCGGCUCCCCGACCGAACCUGGAGGCGACCGAGGUCGAGGAUGUGUACGACCCGCGGGCCAUGAUCGGGGCCGACGUGCUCAACCUGGUGCCGGUGCGCGAGUGGCAGGAGAAGGUGCAGCACCGUGAGGGCGUGCAGGUGGUGUCGCGCUUCGUGGCCAACCGGGUGAAUCGGGUGGCGGCGGCGGCGGUGGCGGCGGCGGCGGGGGGCGGCAGCGGGGACGAGGCUGACGUGGUGCGGCUCCGCGUCCUGCGCUACUUCUACCUCGUCCUGCUCAUGUACCUCAACACCAAGCCCGGGCGGGAGAGGGGCACGCGCCAGCUCCCGCCCCGCGAGAAGCUGCACCGGCUGCUGGAGCCGGCGCCCGAGGCCGUGGUCGAGAACAUCCGCCGCAAGUUCUCCGACGGCGGCGUCAUGCGCAAGUUUCACGUCGACACGCUCAUGACCCACUGCUGCGCGUUCGCCUGCAUCGUCGACAACUACGAGGUCGACACCCAAAACCUGCGCGACGACCUGCGCGUCGAUCAGAAGACCAUCAACCAGUACUUCCACGAGAUCGGCGGCAGGGUCAAGCCCGUCUCCAACAAGGCCGAGGGGAGGACCGUGCACGUCGCCAAGCUUGCCCUGCCCCUAGAUUUCCCCAAGCAGAGGCACCUUGCUCCCAAGAGACGAUGA